CCGCGCAAAAACCAGAACUACAUAUCCCGGCGCUCGAACCAGGCGCUUUGGAGUUGCCGCAUGACAGCCCGCUCGCUUGCUACAAGAAUAGAGGUGACCCUACAUUCGACUCUUGAGUGGGAGAGCAUAGCUUGCCUUGCAGACGUACGAGGAUAACUCUCUUGGAAACAUCAUGGCCGAACCAAUCCGCGUUGUUGUGACCGGUGCUGCCGGGCAGAUUGCCUACUCCCUGCUCUACAGCAUCGCCAAGGGAGAUGUCUUCGGCAAAGAUCAGCCCAUCAUCCUGGUGCUGCUGGAUAUUCCCCCCAUGCUGCCCGUGCUGGAUGGCGUGGUGAUGGAGCUGCAGGACUGUGCUCUCCCACUGCUGAGGGAGGUCAUUCCAACUGACAAGGUGGAGGUGGCCUUCAAGGACCUGGACGCCGCCAUCUUGGUGGGCUCGAUGCCCAGGAAGGAGGGCAUGGAGAGGAAGGACCUGCUCAAGGCCAACGUGGCCAUCUUCAAGACCCAGGGGGCCGCCCUCGACAAGUACGCCAAGAAGACCGUCAAGGUUCUGGUUGUGGGCAACCCAGCCAACACCAACUGCCUGAUUGCCUCCAAGUCGGCCCCCUCCAUCCCCAAGGAGAACUUCUCCUGCCUCACCCGCCUGGACCACAACAGGGCACGCUCUCAGGUGGCGAUGCGCUGCGGCGUGUCCUCCGACCAGGUGAAGAACGUGAUCAUCUGGGGCAACCACUCCUCCACCCAGUACCCCGACGUGCACCACUGCAAGGUCAACGUGCACGGCAGCGAAGUCGACGCCUACAGCGCCGUCAAGGACGACACCUGGCUCAAAGGAGACUUCAUCUCCACGGUGCAGCAGCGUGGUGCCGCUGUCAUCAAGGCCAGGAAGCUGUCCAGCGCCAUGUCUGCUGCCAAGGCCAUCUGUGACCACAUGAGGGACAUCUGGUUCGGCACCCCCGAGGGUGAGUGGGUGUCCAUGGGCGUGUAUGCUGGAGGAAACUCCUAUGGUGUUCCUGAGGACCUCAUGUACUCAUUCCCUGUCAUGAUCAAGAACAAGACCUGGAAGGUGAUGGACGGCCUGUCCAUCAACGACUUCUCCCGCGCCAAGAUGGACGCCACCGCGGCCGAACUGGUGGAUGAGCGCGACACCGCCAUGGCCUUCCUCUCCGCGUGACUCCCCUCCUCCUCCUCCUCCUCCCCCUCCGCUACCGUGACCUCUACCGCGACCUCCGCCACGGCCCGCAGCAACCUCUAGACGACCUUCCCACCGACACCCUGAAGUCUCCUUGUUCACAGCUGUGAAAUCUGUCCACACAUCAUUGUAACAUCGUGUUGUCGCUGCCAGCCCGUGUGUGUGGGUGGGUGUUUGUGAGUGUGUGUGUGUGUGUCUGAGAUCUUCAACUGUGUUGUGGUUGAGGAUGUGUGUGUAUGUAUGCGUGUGUGUCAGAUGUGAGGAAAACGCGGUUGUACUACUACUACUCUCUAUGUAUCUGUUUUCUUUUUCUCUGUGUGGGUUUUCUUCACGUAACAGUCAUGAACGUAAAUAAAAAAAAACAUAAGAGCGUGUAAGAACACACAAAAUAAAUAAGAAACUCCAACAUCCACAGGUUUUUUUUCUUUUUUUUUGAUCGGGUGGCACAACACAACUUGUACAAGGGACCAGAUGUUCCUGAAUGAUUUAGAGCGCACAUAGUGUACCCGGUCACUGUAACAAAAUACCUGUUGAUAAACAAUAAAAAACAAAAACCAUGAGAAAACUA